GCCCCCUUGACGAAGACAGCGACCGAUACAAAUCAUCGGACAUCAACAGCUAUGGCAAACGCAGCUCCACAGCCUGUAUAUGGAGGGGACGAGAUAUCAGCUCUGGUGAUUGAUCCAGGCAGCUCCUGGACCCGCGUCGGUUUCGCGGGCGAGGACUCACCAAAGGCCGUGGUUCCUACAUUCUACGGAAAAGCAGGCGACGAUGUGUAUGUUGGAGACAAUGAGCUUCAUAGCUCGCGACCUGGGAUGGACGUCUUCAGCCCGAUGAGUGACGGAUGUGUGACGGAUUGGGAUAUGACGGUGAAGAUCUGGGACUAUGCGUUAUCGAAGCGACUGUAUACCGAUCCUAAAGAACACCCAUUGCUGAUCACGGAACCGUCCUGGAACCCACAAAAGAACAGAGAGAAGACGGCUGAAGUCGCGUUCGAGGAGCUAGGCGUUCCUGCUUUCUACUUGGCUAAAGAGGCAGUUUGCUCAGCAUUUGCUUGUGGAAAGCCGACAGCUCUUGUCGUCGACAUUGGCAGUGCGGUUGCCUCGGUUACUCCCGUCAUUGAUGGCUUGGUUUUGAAGAAAGCCACUUUCCACACCAACUUCGCCGGCGACUAUGUCAACAGCCAUCUGACUGCACUCUUCAAGUCAAAGAACAUCUCUCUAACCCCUCACUUUAUGAUCUCCAAGAAGUUGCCAGUUGAGCCCGGUCAGCCAGCGCAAGCUACUCUGAAGACUUUUGAAGGGUUGGCCGAUAGCUACAUUGAGUUUGAGCGUGGAAGGAUUCUGAGUGAGUUCAAGGAGAGCGUGAGUCAGGUUUUGGAUAUGCCGUACAGCGAAGUGGUUGCGAAUGCCAGACCAUCAAGACCGUUUGAGUUUCCUGAUGGGUAUAACCUGAACUUUGGAGGCGAGCGAUUUGCUACUACUGAGCCACUCUUCCAACCACAGCAGUUUUCUCUGCCUGAUUCCUCGGUCGAUAGUAAUUCGCAGGGUCUUUCCGAGCUCAUCAAUAGCAGUAUUUCGGCCUGUGAUGUCGAUGCGCGGGCUAACUUGGUCAACAAUGUGGUCCUGAUUGGUGGUACUAGUUUGCUUACUGGAUGCACCGAGCGUAUUAAUGUGGAGAUGACGCAGGCAUUCCCUGGCAUGAAGAUCAGAAUACAAGCACCGGGAAAUUCGUCGGAGAGGAAGUAUGCGGGAUGGAUUGGAGGCAGUAUCUUGGCCAGUCUGGGGACGUUCCACCAGAUGUGGAUUGGCAAAAAGGAGUACGAGGAAGUGGGUGCCUCGAUCGUCGAGAAGAGAUGCAAGUAGAGUACAGAAUCUGCAUAUACUAGAAUCUGUUGUACGAUAGUUGGUUCUUUUGAGUGAUUGUGUUGUUUGAUAAUACAAUGUAGAAUAUCUA